AUGUCCACUGUGGCAAUUCUAAUCAUCAUUCCGGUUUUCUGCGGUGCCGUUGAGGUGAACUGCUCCCAGCCGGACCAUCCCAGCUUCCUGGUGGCUCUGUCUCCUGCCUUCGACCUGAGCGCUAUACGACCCGUCGAGAACCAGAAGACCUGCACCAACAUCAGCGUGCACUUCACUCUCUACGGGAUAUUAGGAGUGGAUGAAAAGUCCCAACUCCUCAUCACUUACAUUUGGCUCUACUAUUGGUGGAAGAAUGAGUUCAUCAGUUGGGAUCCAGUCCAAUGUGGCACCGACAAGAUUUCUCUUCCCAAGGAAAAGUUUUGGAUUCCAGAUAUUGUAAUCAAUGAGUUCAUGGAGGAAAAUAAAGCGCCAUCAGUUCCGUAUCUUUACCUGUAUAAUGACGGUAAAAUUAAGGAUACAUUUCCUGUCAGAGUUGUGAGCUCCUGCAACCUGAAUAUCUACACUUUUCCCUUCGACAUACAGAACUGCUCUCUGACUUUCAACUCCUAUGUGUACUAUGCUCAAGAGAUCAAAGUUUUCCUCGGGCGAGACCCGAAAACAAUCACAGAGCUCUCGAAGAAUGUGAUGACCACCAUGGGUGAAUGGGAGCUGGUGGACAUCACGGCACAGAAACUAGUAAAUAAUGAUGAGUCGGGUCUUUAUACAGACAUGCUUGCAUUUUAUGUCCGAGUGCGGCGCCGUGCCACCAUGUACGUGGUGAAUCUGCUGCUGCCCAGCUGCUUCCUCAUCACUUUGGACCUCUUCAGCUUCCUGCUGCCUGCUGAGAGCACAGACAGGUCCUCCUUCAAGAUGACCCUCAUCCUGGGCUACACCGUCUUCCUGCUCAUCAUGAACGACCUGCUGCCAGUCACUGGAAACACCAUACCUCUGAUAAAUGUCUUCUUCUCUCUCUGCCUGGCUCUGAUGGUGGCCAGUCUGCUGGAGACCAUCCUCAUCACCAACCUGCUGAGCAACUCGCCUGACUUCUCUCCUGUCCCUCGAUGGAUUCGUAUUCUCGUUCUGAAUUGUCUCGGCUGUCUCGUUUGCAUGCCGCGAAAAACUGAGAAGCCCAAAAAUUCAGGUAGGGUACCUUAA